UGCUUAAGGAGGUCUUGUGCUGGUGACGUUGCAGCCUGCUAGCUAACUACAGAGCGGGUACUCGGGGGUGACAACGAUGAGAGGCUACUGAGCAGCAGAGAAUUCGCUCAGUCACAAAAAUCACUGCGUAUUUUUUUAUAUGUUGUUACGGCAUGGAAUUAACAUGCCAUCUACCUCCCCAUGCCAUGUGGAGAGCGUAGAAAUGUGUCCUGAGAGCCGCCUCGGGUUUGGAUUACUGCUGCGGCUGCUGGAGAAGAAGGAGACGGUAACCUGUGAGGGGCCUGCAUCACUGAUGCUGAUGCUGAUCACUUCUGGGCGUGCUCAGUCUGUGCUUGAGCACUAAGAUGAGUGGAGCAGGGGAACAGACUGACAUACUGUCGGUUGGGAACGUGGUCCGGGAACGAUGGAGAGUGAUAAAGAAGAUUGGUGGUGGUGGCUUUGGAGAGAUAUAUGAAGUCCUGGACCAGCUUAGCCAGUACAAUGUGGCACUUAAAGUAGAAUCUGCCCAGCAGCCCAAACAGGUCCUGAAGAUGGAAGUAGCUGUUCUAAAGAGGCUCCAGGGUAAGGACCAUGUUUGCCGCUUUGUUGGUUGUGGACGUAAUGACCGAUUCAACUAUGUGGUGAUGGAACUUCAGGGAAGGAACUUGGCAGACCUUCGACGCACUAUGACCCAUGGUACAUUUUCUGUGUCCACCACACUCAGGCUUGGCCGGCAGAUUCUGGAGGCCAUUGAGAGCAUCCACUCGGUGGGCUUCCUUCAUAGAGACAUAAAACCGUCCAACUUUGCCAUGGGACGCUUGGAGACAACCUGCCGAACCUGCUACAUGCUUGAUUUUGGUUUGGCACGCCAGUUCACAAAUUCCUGUCAAGAAGUCCGUCCACCUCGUCCAGUGGCAGGAUUCAGGGGAACUGUACGUUAUGCCUCGAUCAACGCUCACAAGAACAAGGAGAUGGGUCGGCAUGAUGACUUGUGGUCCCUCUUUUACAUGCUUGUGGAAUUCAUGGUGGGCCAACUACCUUGGAGAAAAGUCAAGGAUAAAGAGCAAGUAGGUAAUUUGAAAGAGACGUAUGACCAUCGCCUCAUGCUUAAGCACCUUCCUGCAGAAUUUAGCAUUUUUCUUGACCACAUCUCGAACCUCGACUACUUCACUAAACCUGACUAUCAGCUCUUGAUGUCCGUAUUUGAGAACAGUAUGAAGAGUUACAAUGUUGUUGAAAAUGACCCCUAUGACUGGGAGAGACCUGGCUCGGAGGAUUCCCUCACAGUUGCAGCUCUUGCAACCACAGCCCAACAGCUGACUCGUCUCACACCAGCAUACAUGGGCAUGGCCAAUGCCUCUGCAAUCCCUGGUGACAUGCAGCGUGAGAAUACAGAGGAUGUCCUUCAGGGCGAGCGGCUCAGUGAAGCGGACAAUUGCCCCCCCAUCCCACCACAGCAUGCUCAGGGAGCUGAUGUAUGGGAGGAGAUGGAGCGCAGUCGAGACCGCAACCGCAAUCAUGUUCAGCCACAGAUCAGAAAGGUGGCUAGUGAAGAGGAGAGGAGUAAAGAGGGCAAUCAAAGCCCCAACAGUGGCUCCAUUCAAGGCUCUCCAAGGCGGGUGCGCUCUGAAACUUUACUCAUCGAUCGUGUGGCUCCGCUGUUGAGGAGGAUACGUCAUAGCCAGAGUAUGGGCCUGGACAAGAGACUGACUCCUGAACCCAAACCCACUAUUGAACGCUUCCUGGAGGCCUACUUAGGAAAGCAGCGACCAGGACUAGUCCAGGACAGAACUGGCUGUCGCAUCGAUCAAGGCUCUUUGGAGGAUGAGGAGGGGGCAGCCAGCAGCGGCUAUGUAGCAGUUAACCUCAGCCCAGUCCCACAGGAAGGGGACUCUCAGGAAUGGGUCCUCGUUGAGCUGGAGGGCGGUAGUGGCUCUGCUGGCUCUAAGCCUGAUGAGGAAGGUUCUGGGGUGUCUCCUCGUUCCUCUAGCCCCCUGGCUCUGCCUCGCACCUGGUCGGACCCCUUGCCCCAGCGGGCCAGCAGCCUUAGUGGCUCUGGGGAACUCCAUGCAGCUCUCUGUCACACUGGCCCUCCGUUUGCCCGUCUGUCCGGCUUAACUGGAUUGCAAGGUCUAACAGGGUUAUCUGGGGUGACUGGACUAAGGAGGCUGCCCACUCUCCAGCCAGCGUCAGUGGUCCACCUUAGCAGAACUCAACUAGAGCAGGUCAGUAAACUCUGUUUGCAAAUGAUAAAAAAAAAAAUGGAAUGUGAAAGUGAUCCUGUGCAGGACACUGCAUCAGUCCCUGCAGAAGAGGAACCCAACCAUAUGCCAACAGGUUCACCGUCCAAAACCUCCUCUCAGCCCCCUGAUCACCUCACCUCUGUCAAGGCAACUGAGAAAGACGUGGAGAGUGACUCAGGAUGUCCAGAUGGUGGUGCUUCCACCACUCCGAACCAGGGCGAGACGACCGGAGACACUGUUGAUGCAGCUCCUGCCUCUCCAGUUCCAGCUUCGCCACGGGAGCUGUCUCCACGGACCAGCCGCAUUCCGGUCCGCGACCCAGACUCCCCUACCAGGAGGAGUUUUCCCGCCCCCCUCUCUCCAUCUCUCUCGCUGUCCUGCGAGCAUUUCCCCUCAGCACUGCUCCGCGACAAGUUCUCCUUCCCCUCUGAGCGAGGUUCUCGUGGCUCCGACUAUCAGGGAGAUGAUCCCCUCUCACUUUCCUCCUCCUCAGGUGCGCUCUCCAGCAGGAGUAAGAUACCGAGGCCCAUAAGCCCCACUCUAGUGCCAGAGCAGCUCUCUUCUCGCUUCAUGCCACGACCCCCACCAGGAAAACCACCUCUCCGCCCUGGAGGGGAGAACAGGCGCAGGCGCUACCGUAUCCGAGCUAGUAGCACUAGUGAUGCAGAUCUCCUGGACAACCUCACUCAGUUGAUGCAAGAACGAGGAGGCAUGGCUGCUUCUCGCUACCAGCGUACCACUUCCUCCAUACAGCGCUCUCUAAGCUCCUCCCCUUCUCGCUUCGAGGGAUGCCACAGCCAAUCACCUAUUAGCAUUUCAGGCUCUCCGCCCCCUCGGAUCAGUGAAGUACGAGCUAAUCGUGUGGUGGGAUACUGUGCCAAAGGGAGAACAGGAAGCCCAGAGAGCAAGCCCACUACAAAGGUAAACAAAUAAAAUGAACAGUGCUGAAAAUGUUUUUGUUGGACCUCGGCUGACUUUACUCAUUUUAAAAGGAUCGUACAGUUCUGAGCAGCUUUUCACUGGGUAAGGAGGAAGGUAUUAUAAAUAGGUAAUGAUGGACCUCAUGUAUUCUUAUUAAGUGAAGAAGUAUGUGGAGCGAAAAAAAGGAAAGAUUGUUUGGCAGAAAGCCUCAAGUGAUGGUUGAGAUUACUUGAAAGCAUGAUGUAUAUGCCAUUUUAAUCAUACCUCUGGCAUUCACAUGCUCCUCUAUACUUCUCCAUUUCUCCUUUCCCUUGGCAUUCUAUCGCUUGCUUUUAAUGUUUCUUAUCUUUAUGCCUUGUAAAUGAAUUGCUCAUGUCUCAUGUAUGGAUUCAGAGAGUCCAUAUAUUUUGUGCCAAUGUUUCUUUCUCUCUCUAACCAUUUCAUUCUUUACAAAUGCUUGUUUACAUAUUACUAAGCCCAAAUCGAUGCCAGAUAUGCAUUUGAAGCCCAAACCUGAUGUAAGUUUAUUUGAUUGUUUAAAAUCUACGGAUUAAAUACAUACUGUAUUUUUUUGAGGGAAUGCAUGCUUCCAAAUAAUGAGCGCUCCAACCUCAGAUUUGGCAUUGGUUUAUUAAUAUGGAUUUUGCCUCAAUCAUCACCAUCAUCAUUAUUAUUAUUUUCAUUUCUCUCUGUUUACCAUUAUUUUUACGCAACCAUAAUUUGUCAUUGAGUGCAAGCUGGUCUUUUAUUUAGCUCUCAUGUCAAACGGUAGCCAUCCAUGCUGUGUAAAAUUGUUGUAUGUAUAGACAUAUACGGUCUAAGCAAGCAUGUGUACAUAUGUACUUCAGGGAAUGUAUGUAUUGUAAACUAUAUCAUCUAUAGAAUGUAUUUAUUUAUUUAUUAGAUGUGUUAACAAUGACGAUGUAGCUCAACUACUUGCUACUGAGUGACUUUGCCGUCACGUUAUUAAGGGUCAGCAACUUUGCAAUUGCCAAGUAUUAUCUAUUCAGUGCUUGCAAUAUCUUCCUGUAAAUACCUGCAUCAUUAUUAACAAACUUCUUGAACUGCUGAAUAGCACUGUGGACCCUUCAAACAAACUGUGCAAGUAACUCUUCUCUCAAAAUGAGAAUUGGAACAAAACACUAUAAGUACUAUAACAAUAUUACUUGAACAAAUCAGUGUAACAUCUAUUUAAUAAUCAAAAAACCCACUUACAUUAAUAUGGUUCUGUAGUGUCUUGCAUUCUUUUAUACUGAAAGCUGAUUGAAAGGUAAAUGACCCCUGCAGAGGUGCAUGUCAAAUGAUUGUAAUUAUUCUGAACAUCAGAUCAUAACUAGAAAAGUCUGAUUGACAGUAGCAUCAUGCUUUCAUACCACCAUAUCUGAGAACUCUGUGUGUACUGUGUAGUUAGACUAGUGGUUUAGUUCUGGUAAGUCUCUUUUGACCUCUGAAGGUACUUAUUUACAUACAUCAGUAGAGACCCACAGUAGUGACAUGGCGUACUAUUUAAGAAAUGUACAGAAUCUAAACUGUAUAUAGAUAUAAAUACAUUAAGGGAAAACUUCAUGCUUCAUGUAAUGUAUUUUGCUAACAAACAUGUUUCAGUUCUUUAAAAAAAGUGUUACUACGUGGGAAUGUAUGUGUAUUCAUAUAAACAUAAUAAAUACUGUGCAAGACAUCAUCA